GUCGCGCCUAAACAAAAUAGAUUCAUAUUAUACGUUCUAUGGUCUCAAUUGCAUUAAUCACUAUCUUUCCGAACAUAAUAUCAUCCAGAACAGCAGCGGAGUCGUUGUCAACGAGCCCGAGGCCAUAAACCAGGCGAUUUCGGGGCACAAGCGAAGUAGACAAACGGUGCUCCAGAAACAGCGGUUAAGCUCCCGACUGCGUUCCGCGCAGCCAACGGCGGAUGUUGGAACUCGGCCGAUGAUUCAUUCUCCAACUUAACUCCGGGUCCCUUGUUUGCAGUCUGCCCCUCAUCUUCGCCUUUCUCCCCGCGCUUAUCUACCUCUAUCCUCCAUGCUCCAGGGCUCUCGCUCUUCUAUUGCGCUGCUCGCAAAAUCCUCAAACCCACUGAGCUCCCUUUCCUGUUCCUCCAGGUCAAGGCUCACACCCCGCACUUCACGUUUCUCAGUCGGAGUUAGAGCGAUGUCGGCGACCACAGCUCGUUCAGACCCAUUCCGCCCUGCGCAGAGGGUCGCAGGUCAGCGACAGGAUGUUUGGUCCAUCGUCAAUGAAGCUGCUGCUGCUUCCCCUGUCCAACCCAUCGUAAACAUGGGACAAGGCUUCUUUGGCUACAACCCGCCGAAGUUUGCCCUGGAUGCCGCAAAGGCUGCCCUUGACCGAGUUGAAUGCAACCAAUACUCCCCGACCAAGGGUCGCCCGCGCCUGAAGAAGGCUCUCGCCGACGCAUACUCGCCGUUUUUUGGUCGCCAGCUGAAUCCGGAAACCGAAGUCACGAUCACGACUGGCGCAAACGAGGGAAUGUUAAGCGCCUUCAUGGGAUUCAUCGAGAAAGGAGAUGAGGUCAUUAUUUUCGAGCCCUUCUUUGACCAAUACAUUAGCAACAUCGAGAUGCCUGGCGGUACUAUCCGAUAUGUUCCCCUUCAUCCUCCAAAGGAUGGUGCUACCAGAACAUCUCCUGCGUCUGAAUGGAGUAUUGACUUCGAUGAACUGGAGAAGACAAUAAACUCCAAGACUAGAAUGAUUGUUCUAAACUCACCCCACAACCCUGUUGGAAAGGUUUUCUCUCGCGACGAACUGGAACGCAUUGGUGACCUCGCCGUCAAGCACAACCUUAUCAUCCUCUCCGAUGAGGUUUACGACCGUCUUUUCUACGUUCCGUUCACCAGAAUCGCCACAAUGAAACCAGAAUUCUAUGAGCGUACGCUCACGGUGGGCUCCGCUGGAAAGGCCUUCUACGCCACCGGCUGGCGUGUGGGCUACCUGAUCGGACCUGAGCAUCUGAUCAAGUACGUUGCUGGUGCGCACACUCGCAUCUGCUAUAGUAGUGUGUCACCACUGCAGGAGGCGGCCGCAGUUGCCUUUGAAGAAGCAGACAAGGAGGGAUUCUGGGACGAGAGCCGAACAGAAAUGCAGAACAAGGUGAAGCGUUUUUGUGAAGUCUUCGACGAGUUGAACAUCCCUUACUCGGACCCCGAAGGCGGCUACUUUGUUCUUGCGAAUAUGGCCUCUGUCAAACUCCCAGAGGACUACCCAUUCCCUCCUCAUGUUGCGAGCCGGCCCCGCGACUUUAAACUGUGCUGGUUCCUAAUCCACAAAGUUGGUGUGGCUGCGAUCCCUCCGACGGAGUUUUAUACCGAUGCAAACGCGUAUAUCGCUGAGGAUUAUCUCCGUUUCGCCGUGUGCAAGGAGGACAACAUCCUGGAAACUGCCAAGGAGAGACUCCGCGGCUUGAAGAAGUACAUUGUGCGGUGAAAUGGGUUAUAUAUAUAGAGCAAUUUUGGGAUGAGUUUGUCAAAUUUCAAAAAUGUCGGAUUUAACGGUAGAACAAUGUUGUUGAUUAAAUACAGGCAAAUGCAGAAAUAAAACUCAUAGAUUCGUUGGUA